AUGAAAUACAUGGACCAGAAAUCUAAUGGAGCAGGAAUGGAAUAUUAUGAAAAUUUGUGUAUGAGAGCUGUCAAUCAGUCGAUAGGCAAGAACUUUGAGAAAACAUUGAAGGUGUUGAAUUUAUUCGAUAUACAAAAACUGCAUAAAAAAAAGCACCCAGGUGGAUUGGAGAUGGGAUUGUCGAGAGUGAAUCUUUUGGUAAAUGUUUCGGUGAAGUAG